UGCAGUGUGUAUUGGCCACUCGGCGGUGCUUCAGAAUGGCGGAGGGGGGCGGCAGGUGCAGUGGAUACGCGAUGCUGAACGGGGACCGCGGGGGACGGACCGACUAAUCACCCCGCCGCUCAUUCUGUCAGCAUCAGGACCACAGCCAGACAGAUUUGGAUUUAAAAUUCUACCUUCAGGAAAUAUUAUACUGCAAUAAACGUCACCACUACGAGAUGGAGAUUUAAGGGGACAUAUACGGAACUCCUUAUAUUUUUAGGCUAAUUUAUGAAAUUGUUGAAUAUGUCUUGAAGACUCGUGUUUCAUAGUGAGCUUGUCAUAUUUGCUGCGAGUGAGACGCGACACGUCGGGAGUCUGCCGUCAUUGAAAUGCGUAAAAACGACCCUUUAACCGAGCCAGCUAUACGUCUUAUUUUGACAUAUUAGCGUGUGAAUGCGUUGGGCCGUGGAGACAUUAGUGCGCAAAUCCCAGGAUGUUUUUAUUGGUGGUUGCGUGACGGUGUCUGUCCGUGUGUGUUCAGAAAGAACCCAGAUCGGUUCCAUACCAUCUCUCAACACUACGGCAACCUGCGUGUCUCAGAGCUAAAAACAAUAACGUGAUAACGGGACACUGUACCGGGCUGGGGACUGGAUCGGUGUUGCCGCGAUGCACCAGACAGAACAGGCCACCUUGCACUCCACCGUCUGAACAUAGAGGAGCGGAUUCCCUCACUAUAUAAAAUACGUCAUUUUACCAAAACGGUUUAGACCUCAGCAAAUCGACACAAAUUGGGAUUAUUCGAGCAUAUGGAGACAGAGAGAGAGGAUCAAUGAUUGUUUCCUCAAGGCUCCUUCUUAUCCUCCUUCAACCCUGCAGCACAAGACAGGGACGAAGAAGACGCGUGGAGGCAGAGAAUGCUGCAAUCUACUGAAUGGAUGGGACUCUGACCCCUUCAAGAUCACCUGACCUGAUUGGACCAGCCGGAUGUUCAACGCGCCAACCGACAUCUCUGACAGGGCAAAACCAGGAACUAAAACAUCUUGAUCCUCUAGAGGGACCUUUUUAAAGUCGACUCUCUCCCCCCCACUUCCUUCCGGUGGGGGGGAGGGCAUAGCAGUGAGCCAAUCACAGCUCGGGAUUGGUCAAUUCAUUAACCAAAGCCUAUCACAGCUCAGGACUGGUCCCUUCGCUAGCCAGUUAGCCUAUCACCUGUCAGGUUACUGAGACCAGGACCAGACCAGCAGCAUGGACGCUAGUCAGCGCCAUGGCCAGGGCAGCCCAGAGAGCCCUAACCGGGCGGUGGAGUAUCUCCUGGAGCUCAACAACAUUAUAGAGAGCCAGCAGAAGCUCCUGGAGACCCAGAAACACCGUAUCGAUGAGCUGGAGGUUCAAUUAGACCGGCUGGCCCAGGAGAAUAAAGACCUACGCCUCGACCGCCAGCGACCUUUACCCCCUGAACCGCCACCCUGCCCCCCGCCACCACCUGCCACCAAAACAUCCAUACCCUCUGUACCAGUCCGCCCUGUUCAGACCCAGCCUUAUAAUCGUACCAGUACCAACACUACAGCUAUACAGACCCCCACCCCCACAGCCCUUCCAACCCCACCCCCGGUGCCUGUACGGGAUCAACGCAAACCUCAAACCCCCAAGACCCCACGCCGUACCCCCCACACGCCCCAAACCCCCAAACGUACUCCAGUCACCACCCAGACCCCCCGCACUCCGCAGACCCCCAAACGAACCCCAGUCACCACCCAGACCCCACGCACUCCGCAGACCCCCAAACGAACCCCAGUGACCACCCAGACCCCCCGCACACCGCAGACCCCCAAACGGACCCCCCACACACGGCUGACGCGAACCAUCUCGACCGGAACAGGCACCAGCUUCGUGGAGAUGGAGAAGGAGAGACUGGAGAGGAUGGAGGAAGAGAGGACAGAGAGGACAGAGAGACUUCACAGCUCCACCUUGGGAAACCCCACCAACCACAGACAGUCAGACGGACACUUCAACAAAGACAGCUUGUCUCUGCGUUAG